AUGAAUGACAGAGAGUCCCAAAUCACCAUCGAAAAGCGAGCGUUUGCGAUCGUUGUGAACCUGAUUCGCCUGCUGCACAUGGAGGAAUUGUGGAGUCGCGGGAUUCCUGGACUCAAACGUUUCGUGUUCAUCCUCCAGAAAUACAUGAAACUUUACUGUCCGCAGCUGCUCUCCUAUUUCGAAGAGAUCGGAUAUGACGUCAGCAUCAUCGUCUCCAAAUGGUUCAUCACUCUCUUCGCCUACACGCUUCCUUUCCCCCUGCUCUACCGCUUGUGGGGUUUUAUUCUGCUGCAGCAUUGGCCGGGGAUGAUGGUCGUUUCGAUCGGUCUGCUUCGCUAUUUCGAGGCGUCCAUCCUCUCCAAGGACAUCGUGCAGUUCUCCAUCAUGAUGAAGGACGUGCGCACGCGCUGGCUCCAAACCGCAGAGGACCAAUCGCGGUUAUUUGCGAUUAUGAAGGAGCUGGGCGACAUCAACAAGCGAACCUUCCAGGCGUUCGAGGAUGAGUACCAGCGCGAGGUGGCGAACCGCGGGGAUCUGGACAUGAAUUACGUGCCGGUUCUGGACAAGCAGGAAAUCAUGCGGCGACGGCAGCAAAUAACGCGCGGAAUCGACGUGAUUCGAGCCAAACUGGAGGAGCUCAGCGAGCAGGAAUACUCCAUAAAAAUGGAAUUCCAGAAAUACCGGGAUCUCGUUGCGCUGUACAGUGAAGAGGAGCAGGAACUGCGCGAGUUUAAGCAGUCGCUGCUCAAUCAAGUCGAGUCGUUGUUGUAUCUGGACCAGCAUUCGCUAUUCGAUACGGAGGUGUCGGAGGAGCAGAUGGCGCGGAUUUCCUUCCAGAGACAGCAAGACGUGAACGUGCUGUGUGGGAAGAUUAAGCAGGUCACGAAGCAGGAGAAGGAGAAGACAAGGGUGAAGGAGGAAGCGCGUGCUGAGUGGGAAAAUGUGAAGAAGAGUACGGAGAAGGGGGGGAAUAAGAGAUAG